AUGGGUGAUUUCAAUGAAGAACAAGUUAGUAAUAAUUACUUUGCAGAACAAACUGAGGACAAGUGGAUUAUAGCUGCUGAAAAGUUAGAAAUCUUCAAGGACCCAAUUGAACUUGUUCGGGAGGACUUGGUAGGAAAACAGUUCUUGACAUUUGAAGAUGCAGAGUUCUUUAUCCACCAAUACUCAAACAUGAUCGGUUUCAGUCUAAGGAAAGGAAAAGUUAAAAGACAAUUUGGGGGUGCUAUAAAAUAUCGCCAGUGGGUGUGCUCUAAGGAAGGACAUCGUGAAUUGAAAUGGAUUAAAAACUUGAACCGCAAAAGAGAGCCGAGGGCUAUUACUAGGGUAGGUUGCAAGUUUCUAUUUAGAGUUUCCCUGAGAAAGCAGGACAGGAAAUGGUAUUGCAAGGAAUUUCGUCCAACACACUCCCACCCCUUGGUCAUUGCCGGGCAUCGACAAUUCAUUCGCUCGAACCGAAUUAUACCGGAUGGGAUGUUAAUGGAUGCCACUUGUAUGAAGAGUGCAGGGAUAAAAACAUGCCAAAUUUACUCUUAUAUGGCAGAAUUAGUUGGGGGUUAUGGGAAACUGUCUUUCCUACCUAAAGAUUUGUAUAAUCGAGUUGCAAAGAAUGAAUCAGUGCACUUAAAAAAUGCUGAUGCAGCAAGGGCUAUCGGCUAUUUCCAACAUAAGGCAGAUCAUGAUGUAGAUUGUUUUUGUAGAUUUAGCUAUGAUGGCAAUAACCGCCUAUUGAAUGUGAUGUGGGCUGACUCAAAAUCUCGAGAAGACUACCAUUUGUUUGGCCAUUCAGUUGCCUUUGAUUCCACGUACAAGACAAACGCCUAUGGGAAGCCACUUCUGGUUUGGUUAGGGGUCAAUAAUCAUUUCAGGUCAACAAUUUUUGGGUUCGCUUUGCUAUCUGACGAGUCCUCAGAUACGUAUACAUGGGCAACAAAAACAUUUAUAGACUGCAUGGGAGGGGUUACACCAAAGACGGUCGUCACAGAUGGUGAUCCAGCAAUAAGACUUGCAAUCAAUGUAACCAUGCCUGAAGUUGUUCAUAGAUUAUGUUAUUGGCACAUCCACAAGAAGGCCGCGAUAGCUGUGAAGGAUCCAGAGUUUUUAAGGAAGCUCAAUAAAUUAUUCUUUAACUAUUACUCUGUCGAUGAGUUUGAAACUUUAUGGAUAGAUUUAAUUGAAGAAUAUGGGCUCCAAAAAAACGAGUGGGCAAAGUGGAUGACCGAUAGAAAAGAGCAAUGGGCAGAGGCAUACCUGAGAGGUAAUUUCUUUGCUGGAAUGACAACAACACAAAGGUGUGAGGGCAUGCAUGCUCUACUUAAAAAGAGAGUGAAUGAGAAGAUGAAAAUGUAUGAAUUUGUUCGUGCUAUUGAUGUGGGAAUGUCAUUUCUAAGAACUCGAGACGCCAAGGAUGACUAUGACACGAUGAAUACUAUGCCGUUGCUUCAGCAGACAAACAUGGCACAUAUCGAGGAGGAGGCAGCAAAAUUGUACACAAGAAAUAUGUUUUUCCGAGUUCGUGCUCAAAUAGAAAAAGAAGCAAGGUACAUGGUAGAUUCUUCAACAAAAGAAGAUGAUAUGGUGGUCGUUCGAUUGACAAAAACACCUCUUUUUGACACGCUGCAUAGAACAGUAUAUCUAGACUUGUCAACUGGUUCAAUAGGUUGUGAAUGUCAAUAUUUCCCGACCUAUGGCAUCCCAUGCCGACAUAUAUUCUGUGUCAUGAAAAAAUUCAAAGUGACUUCAAUUCCAAAGUCUUUGGUGAUUACACAAUGGACAAUACAUGCACGAGAGGUACAAGAAAUACCAGACGAAAGUUCUACUCGAUGCAGCUUCACAUGUCGUAAAGACAAAAUUCGUUUUGGUAAUAUUUCAACCCAGCUUUACCAAAUUUCUUUCCUUGCUUGUACGAGUGACAAUCUUUUGAAUUUGGCAAAGAAGGAACUUGAGCAAUUAAUGUAUAGGCUACAAAAAAUUUCAUUAGAAGAAGAUGGAUACGAAGAGCCAAGUCAAUGUGACAAGAACAUGGAAUACGAUUUGAAUAACCCCCGAGUUAGCAAAAAUAAAGGGACCGGAAAAGUGGCUGGUACCUCGAGGCAAGUGAGGAAAAGAAAAUGCAGCAAAUGUGGAAUGUAUGGCCACAACAAAACAACCUGCAACAAAAAUAGAGAAGAGAAUAUAAAUAAUUCUGAUUUGGACAUAUCCAAUGGUGAAGGUGCAUAUGAAGACUGCAAUGUUUGGGAAGAUAAUGAACAUAAUGGGGUUUCAGAGGAGGAAUUUGUGUUUGAUGAAAAUAUAAAGUGUUGGGAAGAUGCUAAUCAAAGAAAAAAAGAAACACCUCAAACAACUGAUGUAGACCAGCACAAAUUUGAUGCAGCAUGUGUAGCGGAAGAAAGAAAGGAAAAAGAUGAUACAGAGACAAUAAGAAAUUGGUGGGGAGCACCUUAUGGAACUCAUGAUAUUCAAUAA